AUGUACUCCAAAUUCUGGCCUCAAGGGGGCCUCCCGGGUAUCUUACACCACUUUACAGAGACCCUCGUCACAUUCGAAUUCACAGCCUCCACAACCCCAAAGCCAAACUCCCUCCUCUUCGUCGGCGGUCUCGGCGAUGGCCUCGCAACAACCUCCUACAUGGCCGACCUCGCCGCCGCCCUGAACCCAACAGACUGGUCGCUAUUCACACUGAACCUCACCUCCUCAUAUAACUGCUGGGGCCUCGGCCACCUCGACCGCGACACGGACGAGAUCGCACAGUGUCUGAACUAUAUCAAAGAAUACAAGAGUGGGAAGUUCAGCGCCGCUACAUCGGGUUCGAACCGGCCCGGAAAGAUCGUGCUAAUGGGCCACUCAACGGGCUCCCAAUGCGUACUGCACUACCUCUCGCGCCCCAACCCACAUACAAGCCAAAAGGCCUUUGACACCGACCUCGAGCACCUGGCGCGGCCUUUCCUCGACGGUGCAAUCAUGCAGGCGCCCGUCUCCGACCGCGAAGCCAUAAAGCUCGUCUUGAGCCAGGGGUGGCUUGGGAAGACCUCUGAGCAGGUAACCGCGCUGUAUAAGGAAGUUGAGACGAUUGCGAUGAACGCCGUCGCGGCGAAUCCGGACCCGAAACAUGAUACUCUCCUCCCGCUUCAUCUCACUGGGCAGAUUGGGUACCCGCCCACGGUUCCGCUCUCUGCGCGCCGGUUCCUCAGCCUCGUUAGUCCGGAUUCUCCGGGGAAUCCCGGGGAGGAUGACAUGUUCAGCUCGGAUUUGGGGAGCGAACAGUUGGGGAAAACGUUUGGGAUGAUAAGGGAGAGAGGGCUUUUGGGGUACAAGCUGCUUGUGCUGAUGUCUGGGGCAGAUCAAUCGGUUCCGGAAUGGGUUGAUAAGGAAAGCGUGUUGAGAAAAUGGAGGAGGGUUGUUGACGGGGACAGAAAAGGAGGUGAAGAGGAAAUUUGGGAUGAGGGGAGUGGGAUUGUUCCUGGGGCGUCGCAUGCGCUCAGUAAUGAUGAUCAGGCGGAGCCGAGAAAGGAUCUUGUACAGCGGGUCCUGGGGUAUUUGACCGGAGUAGAGGGAGUGUAA